UUGCUGAAUAAGGAAGAUCUGUCUACAUUGUUGUUCCAUGACCACUGAAAAGUGGUGCAAAAGGUCAGAGCAAUCUUAGACUACAGCCUUUCACAUAGCAGGAGUUAGUUCUGCAUAUCUAAUCACUUUAUCUGAUUUCAUGACGUUAGAUCAAAGUUUAAAAAGUGCUUGAAGCAUUGAUAGAGAAUAUAAAAAGCAAAUUGUGCAGUGCUACAACCAACAUUUGCCUGUAUAAUCUGACUACAAGUGAGAGUGACAGAUAGUGUGCAGAGUAGCCUUGUUGGAUAAUAUACUAGCAUGGCUUGGUCUAAUGUGGCCAGUAAUUAUAAGAAAGCAAUAAACAGAGAUAUUAACCCUGACCUAGCCAGUGAGAGGAAAUCAACAUUUAACAUAGAGACCCUUACAAACAUUCUGGAUGGGGGUGCAGAAAAUACAAGGCUGAGGAGAUCUGUGGAGGAAGAGAUCCACAGUGACCCAGUGCUAAGCAGGGAAAAUAUUUAUUUCAAAACCCGUCAAGAGCGAUAUGAAGGUUCCGUUCGCAAUACCUUCCAUCUCAUUACGAAGAUCAAGCAAAAGGGUUGGAUCAACGAUGGAUUACAUGAUUAUUACAUUUAUAGAGCUCUUGGUGGGGAAUUAGCCCUCAACAUUCAUGGAGUUUUUCUGAGAAGCAUACAAGCACUGGGAACAGAUGAACAGGUGGCCAAGUGGAUUCCUUUGGCUAACAGCUAUAGUAUCAUAGGAACCUAUGCUCAGACUGAACUCGGACAUGGAACCUAUCUUCGAGGCUUGGAAACCACAGCAACAUUUGACGUUGACACUCAGGAAUUUAUAGUAAAUACUCCCAAUAUAACCGCAACAAAAUGGUGGCCUGGAGAUUUGGGUAAAACUUGCACCCAUGCUGUUGUUCUGGCCCAGUUGUAUAGCAAAGGAAAAAACUAUGGCAUGCACCCUUUCAUAGUGCAGAUCCGAAGUCUACAGGACCACUCUGCCUUACCAGGAAUAACUGUUGGGGAUAUUGGACCAAAAAUGGCCUUUGAAAACAUUGAUAAUGGAUUUCUAGUGUUGAACAAUAUCCGCAUUCCCAAGGAAAACAUGCUGAGUAGAUUUUCCGAGAUUCUGCCAGAUGGCACCUAUGUGAAGCGUGGCUCAGACAAGAUCAAUUACUUUACCAUGAUAGCUGUUCGGGUCACAAUGAUUCGUAAUGAAGUGUUGGGUGCUCUGAUAAAGGCCUGUGUUAUCGCUGUGAGAUACUCUGUGGUUCGUCGGCAGUCAGAGCUUAAACCUGGAGAAAAAGAGGCAAAAAUCCUUGAUUAUCAAACCCAGCAGCAUAAGCUCUUGCCACUUGUCGCUACUUCCUACGCCAUAUAUUUUACAGCAACGUAUGUGAGUAAAGUGUAUGAGCAGGUGUACCAGGAAAUAAAGGCAAACAACUUUGAGUCUCUUCCAGAGCUUCAUGCACUUGCUGCAGGUGUGAAAGCUUUUGCAACUGAAAUCUGCUCAAAUGGAGUAGAAGUCUGUCGAAAGGCUUGUGGAGGGCACGGGUAUUCCCUGUUCAGUGGAAUUCCAACACUGUACACAAAAGUUGUAGCUUCAUGUACAUAUGAAGGAGAAAACACUGUCUUGCACCUUCAGGCUUCACGGUUUUUGAUUAAAUGUUUUGCUGCUGCUCAGUUAGGUCACAAGCUAUCGCCAACCACUGCCUAUUUGUCAUCGCCAGACUCUGGUAGUUGUCAAGCCAACAGCCAUGUGGAUUUUCUGAACCCUGAUAUAUAUCUAAAGGCUUAUCAGCACAGGGCAUACAGACUUAUAGCAUCUGCUGCUAAGAAACUACACAGUUUGAUACAGUCUGGAAUGGAGGAAUAUCUGGCAAGGAACAGCACAUCAGUGGAACUUGUAAAUGCAUCAAUAACUCACUGCCAUUACACCGUAGUAAAGUUUUUUGUUGAAGAGCUGAAAUCAUUAGGAGAUCCAGAUAUCCAGAAGGUCUUGAAAUCUGUCUGUGACCUGUAUGCUUUACACGGAAUUGUCACCAACGCAGGCGAUUUCUUACGAGAUGGAUAUUUGUCCGGCAAGCAGAUGGAAAUGGUAACCACAGCCUACUUACAUCUUCUGAGCGUUAUAAGGAAGGAUGCAGUUCCAUUAGUUGAUGCUUUUGACUAUAGAGAUGAACAACUAUUAUCUGCCCUGGGCGCUUAUGAUGGGCAUGUCUACCAGCAUCUGUUUGAAUGGGCUCAGAAAAAUCCUGAUAACAAAAAGGGGAAUUCCAUCUUUGAAAAUGUUUUGAAACCUUAUUUACACAGAGGUCAAUCAAAGCUAUAAGAAGUCCGCCUUUCAGCAUUUAUGUAAAAACACUGAGUCAAUUUGAAGCACAUUUUAUAAUUGUUUUUCUUUUGUUUUUCCUUUUCUUCUUAAUAACAGCAUUUUUAGUAAUGGGCUUAAAUAAGGAGAGAGAAUGAAUUUUGUAUUAAAAGGAAAAUAUAUUAACCAAAUGCAAAUCCUUUCAGAGAAGAUUAACAUUGUUUGCUGCAAUUGUUUUUCAAUAGCCGAACUCUCCCUACAGCUUGCCUUAUUUGAAGGAGUAAAUUCAGAGUUACUGGAGUAGAGCAGGCUAGUCACUGUAAUUUUGUUAGCAAAACUUGUUUUGCAGUUCCUUGUCUGGUCACCACUGCUGAGGCCAAGAUGUCUGCCGUGUGCACUUCCAGUAGUCAGAAUUAGAAGAAUUAAACAUUAUAUUAUAGGAUACAGGCAGUGGUGGGAUUCAGCAAGUUCUCACCAGGGGCCUGAUUCUCUAAAGCUCUCUGGUCUGGGGAGAUUCUAUAAGAUGCCUAAGUAUUACCAGGACACUAAGGGACUGUUUUAAAGGUAAUUUUUAUCUUGGGAACUGUGUAUAUCAUUAAGCUGAGUUCACUAAUAAACUUUAUGUAAAGGAGAAACACUUACUUUAUAAUAUAGUGCUCAGUAGAUUAAGCUGAUGAUUUCUCUAUACGCCUUCGAGUUUUUGAGAAUUAGGCCCCAGUUCUUAAAGGGAUACUAAACCCAAAUCUUUUUAUUUUAUGAUUCAGAUAGAGCAUGCAAUUUUAAGCAACUUUCUAAUUUACUCCUAUUAUCAUUUUUUUCUUCGUUCUCUUGGUAUUUUUAUUUGAAAAAGCAGGAAUCUAAGCAAAUGAGCUGGCCCAUAUUUGGUUUAGCACCCUGAAUAGCGCUUGCUGAUUUGGUGGAUACAUUUAGCAACCAAUCAGCAAGCUCUACCCAGGUGCUGAACCAAAAAUGGGCCGUCUCAUAAGCUUACAUUCUUGCUUUUCAAAUAAAGAUAGCAAGAGA